CUCAGAUUUCCAUGGACAUGGGACAUGGGGAUAAAUCCCAUCCCAUCUGAUCGGGGCGGUGGGGGCGGUCGUACCUGGCAGAAAAAUAAUUAUUAUCGUUCUUCUCCAAUCGUUAUCAGUUCGCAAGUACAAACCAGCUAAGUGGUAGGAAGUAGCUCUACAUACAUAUGUGCCCUUGCCCGUCGUCGCAUCUCGACACCAGGUAUCGUUUCUCUAUACAUUAGGUCAGGAGGUACCUCUUAGUCCUGUCGCCCAUACAAUCCAACCGCGCACUAUGAACGGUCUUCCUGGAGCCGGAGCCGGCGCUGCCGCCGGAGGCGCCGCGCCGUAUGGUCCGAAUGAUCCUAACGUUAAGAUGUUGAACGCCAUGAUGGAGUCGUGCUUCGGCAAGGCUGCUGUCUCUGGUGUAAUGGGUUUCGGUAUGGGCGGUCUGUUUGGAAUGUUCAUGGCUUCGAUGGCCUACGACACGCCCUUCCACACGCCCGGCGCCGCGGGCGCCGCGCCGACGCCGAUCGCCAACCUACCCUGGCGGCAGCAGCUCAAAGUCGGGUUCAAGGACAUGGGGUCGCGGUCCUACAGCACGGCCAAGAACUUCGGGCUGGUGGGCCUGAUGUUCGCCGGCAUCGAGUGCGGCAUCGAGGGGUACCGCGCCAAGAACGACAUGUACAACGGCACCGCGGCCGGGUGUCUGACCGGCGGCAUCCUGGCGCGGAGCGGGGGCCCCACGGCCGUCGCCGGCGGGUGCGCUGCGUUCGCGGCGUUUAGCGCCGCGAUCGAUGCGUGGUUGAGGGCGCCGAAGGACGACGAAUAGACAGACAAAUAAAUAGGACGUCUUUGCGCGAGGGAGAUGUGAAGAUGAAAAAUGGGGUGUGGUAUGGUGUGGUGUUGUGUUGUGUAGUGUAAUUGUCAAAAUCGGUUCGUGGUAUGGCGUUGGGUCGGGUGCAUAGGAUCACGGCGUUAUGGUUUCCGCGGAUCUAUACAUGGUAUAUACAUGGUAGAAAGGGGGCAUACAUUCUCCACUUAGGGUCUUAACAUGUACAUACAGAAGAUAUGAUGGAGUUGGUUGCGAUACCGCUUGAUGAAGGAUGAGCCAUGGUCGUCCACGAUAGAGUAAUGUCAAUAGCAAAUCGUCAGCUUAUCGAUCUUGGGCGAAUGUUCAGAUCUACAGCGAACUCCGUGUUAAUCUUAUUUAAUUCU